CUAUAACCAUCAAGCUGACUAAGGGCAAUAUCGCGCUAGCCUACCUUAGCUACCAGUGUCGUCGUCGUCGUUGCUGGCGCCUGGCAUCAUCUAGAAGCAACUCAUCACUCCUUCAACCAUCAAAACAACAAUCAAGUUGUGCACUCCCCAAAGGCAAUCGCUUACGAAAUCCUACGCUCAUAUCAGAUUAUACCGAUAUUCUACGAGUCUUAUCCACAGCCCCUAACAAUAACAAAAGCGCAAAGAUGGGUGACGUCGCUGUCGAAAACCCAGCAACCCAAGUGGCGCCUCACAAAAGGGCCGCGCACUCAGCCAUUCCCACCAUUGACAACUUCGAGGGUGUGUCGACCGAUGGAGGAGAUGAUUAUGCGAACCUGAAGAAGCUCCAGAGACAACUAGAGUAUAUUCAGCUGCAAGAAGAGUACAUCAAGGAUGAGCAAAGGAGUCUCAAGCGUGAGCUAGUGCGAGCUCAAGAAGAGAUCAAGCGAAUUCAAAGUGUCCCACUAGUGAUCGGCCAGUUUAUGGAGGCCAUUGACCAAAAUGUUUUCCAAAGUAAUGGUAUUGUUCAGUCUAGCACUGGAUCCAACUAUGUCGUCCGAAUUCUUUCCACCCUCGACCGCGAGAAGCUCAAGGCUUCCUCCUCGGUUGCUCUCCACCGACAUUCCAACGCCCUCGUCGAUAUCCUCCCUCCCGAGGCCGAUUCAUCCAUUGCCAUGCUUGGCGCAGACGAGAAGCCGGAUGUGACAUACGCCGAUGUCGGUGGUCUGGAUAUGCAGAAGCAGGAGAUCCGUGAAGCUGUUGAAUUGCCCUUGACGCACUUCGAUCUUUAUAAGCAGAUCGGUAUCGACCCUCCUCGCGGUGUUCUUUUGUACGGUCCUCCUGGUACCGGCAAGACUAUGCUGGUCAAGGCCGUCGCCAACUCAACCACCGCCAACUUCAUCCGAGUUGUUGGUUCUGAAUUCGUCCAGAAAUACUUGGGUGAAGGGCCCCGAAUGGUCCGAGACGUUUUUCGUAUGGCUCGCGAAAACUCACCCGCCAUCAUCUUCAUCGACGAGAUUGACGCCAUCGCCACCAAGCGAUUCGAUGCUCAAACCGGUGCCGAUAGAGAAGUUCAGCGUAUUUUGCUUGAGCUGCUCAAUCAGAUGGAUGGUUUCGACCAGACUGCUAAUGUCAAGGUCAUCAUGGCCACCAACCGAGCCGAUACUCUGGAUCCUGCCCUCCUCCGACCCGGACGUCUCGACCGAAAGAUCGAAUUUCCCUCGCUGCGAGACCGUCGUGAGCGACGUCUCAUUUUCUCCACCAUUGCCAGCAAGAUGAGUCUGGCUCCCGAAGUUGAUCUCGACUCGUUGAUUGUCAGAAAUGAUCCUCUGUCAGGUGCUGUCAUCGCUGCUAUUAUGCAGGAGGCAGGUCUCCGUGCCGUACGUAAGAACCGAUACAACAUCAUCCAGACCGAUCUCGAGGACGCCUACUCAAGCCAGGUCAAGGGUACGGGCGAAGAGAACAAGUUCGACUUCUACAAAUAA